AUGCUCUUCAAGAAUCCAAUUGGUGGCUGCACCUUCCAACGAUGCAGCGGGCAACGGAGUGCUCCAUGGAUUGCGGAGCGUUCUACAGCCAGCCGCCAUGAGACGCUGGUGGUUGGGGUGUCCACAUCCCGCAGUUCUCACAUCGACCGAUUCAGAUGGCGGGGCAAAACGCACCUUAUGGUGAAAUUUCAUAACGAUGGAUCAUUUGAUAGCCCAGAAUAUGCACGAAUCCUAUGUUAUCCGUUACGAGUAUCAAUAGCAAAAGUAUUUGUACUGUACCUGGUGUCUCAUAGAACUUCUCCUAUACUUCGUACGUUAAAUGGAAGCAAGGCAAGAGAAUAUAACGCUUCUGAGCAACCACAGAGACACCAGUAUAAUGAAACCAGGACCACAUUUCUUCUCUCUUGCGCAACCCCGCUGCCCCGCUGCCCCGCUCGUUUCAGAAAAUUUCCUUGGAAUAUUGUGCAACUUUCAUGCCAUGCUAAGAUGCACAGAUUGGUUGUAUCACACGUUGUUCUCAGUACAUCGUACAAAGGAAGUCUGUUAACCUAUGCGUUGGAUCCGGAUUUCGCACCUAUACCGCCUUACGAGGCUCUUUCCUACGUUUGGGGCACGGAGGCAGGACAAGUUUCCAUCCACGUCGAUGGACGACCAAUUGCCAUAAAGCAAAACUUGGACUCAGCUCUCCGUAGCCUCAGGCUGCCAACGCAAGCGAGAAGAGUUUGGGUGGAUGCACUCUGCAUAGAUCAGUCAAAUAUAGAAGAACGGUCAAGGCAAGUAAGGUAUAUACGAUUUGUGUACAAGCAUGCUACGCGAGUCGUCGUAUGGCUCGGAUGCUGGACUCCCGGCGUGGAGAUGGCUUUUGAGCUUGCAGAGCGACUUGCAGUGGUGCGGGAGAGCUGCGGUGCAGACAAAGUUUCUUUGCAAAAAGCUGUUGUUGAGCUGGCAGAAGGAGCUCCAGAGGCGUUCGAUCACCUCAACCGGUUGUUUGAUCGACCGUAUUUCCUCCGGAAUUGGUGCAUCCAGGAGGUUGUUGCAAGCAGCGGGACCAGAUACUGCUCGGAAUGCCAUUUAAAUUCUGGAAUAUGA